AUGCUCUUCAACAAGACGCUGACCGAGGUCCCGGACAAGCUACCGUAUAACAAGGAUUCAUCUCUCCAGCCCGAGGCUCGGGAUAUCCUCACGCUCCUACAGGUGCUCAACGUGCAGAUCCAGUCGCCGAUCGGUUACAACGACCCACCCCAGAUUGGAAGUCCGAUCAACGCCAUUCUCGAUUGGCCCGUGGGCACAAGGGCCGGGUUCGCUGCCUUCCUCCGAGACGACGUCAACAAGCUUUUCCAGGACUCUCUACGGUACUGGGCCGCGGCGCACAACGACCCGCACAGCCCCGGCUUGGAGAACUUUACCGAAAAAUGCAUCUGCGACCCAAACAACCUUCAUUACGGCUACAAAUCCUGGGACGACUUCUUCACACGCCACUUUCGACCUGGGAUUCGUCCUCUCGCGGUCCCUACGGACGACAGUGUGAUUGUCAGCGCGGCGGAGGCAACACCAUUCGCAAUUCAGAGGAACUUCCAGCUGUACGACACCUUCUGGACCAAGGGGCAAAGGUACAGUCUUCGCCCACCUGCUCGACGAUGCGAGGCUAGCAUCCAAGUUCGUCGGCGGUGCCGUCUACCAGGCGUUCCUCAGCCCGGACAGCUACCACAACUGGCACGCGCCCUGUUGCCGGCAGCUAUCUCGGACGCCCCAAGAUAA